AUGGUCCUCCGAAUUCGACUGUCCCGUUUCGGCAGAAAACAUGACCCCUUCUACAACAUAGUGGUCUCCCAAGCAAGAAUUGCACGCGACUCAAAACCCAUUGAAGUCCUCGGAACAUAUAACCCAGUACCACAAAAACCAGUUGGGCUCUCAGACAGUGAAGCAAAAACUGCACGACCAUAUAAGGAUAUUGCGCUUGAUCAAAUAAGGACGAAAUACUGGCUUGGUGUAGGCGCUCAGCCUACCGAUGGGGUAUGGCGGCUACUAAGCAUGAUCGGUCUAGUUGAGCCGAAGCUAGGAAAAGCGCAAAAGGCCCAGGCCAACUCGAAGACGGCGGGAAAAGCGGCAAACACCAAUUAA